AUGGAAGACCAUCGCGCCGUGGAGUCGCAUCAGCACUCUGUUCAGGAGUCUCAUCAAUCUUAUACUCAAUCCUCCACCGUCAACGAUUCGUCGAACCACUACGAAUCGACUGCCACCGAAGAUGUUAACCACGCCACCGAAGCCCCCAUCGAUCCCACAUCCACCGCGAGUUCAACCAUCUCUUCCCAUGCCAGUGUCGAGGGACGAUGGGGAGAACAGGAGGGCGGCGACCCAGUCUCCCGCCGUGGUGCCCUGGAGGACCUGGAGGAAAUGCGCCGGGAAUUGACCCGUCUCAGCCUGCACCGUACUCGUUCAACCACCGCCAAAAGCAUGAGCCGUCGCAAGUCUCGCGCCAGUCGCAAAGAUGAGGAGAAGGCUCUGGACAGGGCCUCUUCCGAGACCGAGGUCGAUGCCGACUUCGAUCUUAGCAGUUUCUUGGUGGGUGGGCAUUUGGAACGCCGUACCACUGCUGGAGAACCAGCGAAGCAGAUUGGCGUUGUUUUCAAAAACUUGACCGUCAAGGGUGUUGAGACUGGCGCCUCGUUUGUGCCUUCGCGCCAGUGUUGCGCGUUGGCAAGAAGCCCCCCCAUUCGCGAUCUGAUUCAUGAUUUUAACGGCGCUGUUCGUGAGGGUGAGAUGAUGCUUGUUCUGGGUCGCCCUGGCGCUGGAUGUACUACUUUCCUCAAGGCGAUUGCCAACGAUCGUGGUGCCUUUGCUGGUGUCGAUGGUGAGGUCAGUUAUGGUGGUAUAUCGGCCGAGGAUCAGAACCGUUAUUUCCGUGGCGAAGUCAACUAUAACCCUGAGGAUGAUCAGCAUUUCCCUACACUCACGGUCUGGCAGACCCUGAAGUUCUCGCUCAUCAACAAGACUCGCAAGCAUGAUCGCGAAAGCAUUCCCGUCAUCAUUGAUGCCUUGCUGAAGAUGUUUGGUAUCAGCCACACCAAGAACACUCAAGUUGGUAACGAGUAUGUCCGUGGUGUGUCUGGUGGCGAGCGAAAGCGUGUCAGUAUCGCCGAAACUCUAGCCACCAAGUCUUCGGUCGUCUGUUGGGAUAACUCGACCCGUGGUCUGGAUGCCAGCACUGCCCUCGACUACGCUAAAUCGCUUCGUAUUAUGACCGACGUCAGCAAGCGGACUACCUUCGUCACUCUCUACCAAGCUGGUGAGAGUAUCUAUGAACUUAUGGACAAGGUCAUGGUCAUCGAUGCGGGACGCAUGCUUUACCAGGGCCCUGCGAACCAAGCACGUCAGUAUUUCAUCGAUCUUGGAUUCCACUGCCCCGAGCAGUCGACCACUGCCGACUUCCUGACUUCCCUGUGCGACCCGAAUGCUCGUCAAUUCCAGGCUGGCCGUGAAGCCUCCACUCCGAAGACGGCCGAGGAGCUUGAGCAAGUGUUCAAGAAUAGCAGCUCCUUCAAGUACAUCUCGGACGAUGUUUCCAGCUAUGAGAAGCGCCUCGAGGAGACGGAGCGGGAAGAUACUCGCCGCUUCCAGACGACCGUCGCUCAGUCAAAGAUCAUGGCUUGCGUGAAGCGUGAGUUCUGGCUGCUCUGGGGCGACAAGACUUCGCUCUACACCAAGUACUUUAUCAUCAUCUCCAACGGUCUCAUCGUCUCAUCUCUGUUCUACGGAGAAUCCAUGGAUACCAGUGGCGCUUUCUCGCGAGGAGGUGCCCUCUUCUUUUCGAUUCUUUUCCUCGGCUGGCUGCAGUUGACUGAACUGAUGCCCGCUGUCUCGGGAAGAGGUAUUGUCGCCCGACACAAAGACUACGCCUUUUACCGUCCGUCUGCUGUCUCGAUCGCCCGAGUGGUGGUGGAUUUCCCGGCUAUCUUCUGUAUGGUCGUUCCGUUCACUAUCAUCGUCUACUUCAUGGCUGGCUUGGAUGUUACUGCAUCCAAGUUCUUCAUCUACUUCCUAUUCGUCUACACCAACACCUUCUGCAUCACUUCGCUAUAUCGGAUGUUCGCCGCUCUCUCGCCGACUAUCGAUGACGCCGUUCGCUUUGCAGGUAUUGGACUUAACCUCUUGAUUCUCUUCGUUGGUUAUGUCAUUCCCAAGCAAACUCUGAUCUCGGAUUCGAUCUGGUUCGGAUGGCUGUUCUACGUCAACCCUAUCUCGUACGCUUAUGAGGCAGUCUUGACUAAUGAAUUCUCUGACCGUGUCAUGCAAUGUGCACCUGAACAACUGGUUCCCCAGGGUCCUGGCGUCGAUCCCAGGUACCAGGGAUGUGCCUUGACCGGCUCUUCGGCAGGCAACCCAGUCGUGACAGGACAAGAAUAUCUGACCGCAAAUUUCGGAUUCACUCGCAGUCACCUUUGGCGCAACUUUGGCGUUGUGAUUGCCUUCACUGUCCUCUAUCUCCUGGUCACUAUCUGGGCUGCUGAGUUCCUUUCCUUUGUUGGUGGUGGCGGCGGCGCUCUCGUUUUCAAGAAGUCCAAGCGUGCUAAGCAGGUCACUGCCCAAGCUGGAGAGUCAAAUGACGAGGAAAAGGUUGCCAACACAAACGACAAUGCUGCCAUUGCCCGUGGUGAAGCAACUUCUUCCUCCGACAAUGCUGCCUUCAACCGAUUGUCUUCGAGCGAGCGAUGCUUCACCUGGUCUGAUGUCGAGUAUACUGUUCCCUACGGUAAUGGAACCAGGAAGCUUCUCAACAAUGUUAAUGGUUAUGCCAAGCCUGGCGUCAUGAUUGCUCUGAUGGGUGCCUCUGGUGCUGGUAAGACUACCCUGCUCAACACUCUUGCUCAGCGACAGAAGAUGGGUAUUGUCAAGGGCGACAUGCUUGUUGAUGGACACCCCCUGGGAGCCGAUUUCCAGCGCGGAACCGGUUUCUGUGAGCAAAUGGAUCUACAUGACAACACCUCGACCAUUCGUGAAGCCUUCGAGUUUUCUGCCAUCCUCCGACAGGACCGCGAGACUCCACGCCAGGAAAAGAUCGACUACGUCAACCGGAUUAUUGACCUCUUGGAGCUUAACGACAUCCAGGACGCCAUCAUCGGAUCUUUGAAUGUCGAGCAGAAGAAGCGAGUCACCAUUGGUGUCGAGCUGGCUGCCAAACCCAGCCUUCUUCUGUUCCUCGAUGAGCCGACCAGUGGUCUCGACAGCCAAGCCGCUUUCUCGAUCGUGCGCUUCCUCAAAAAGUUGUCUCAAGCUGGCCAGGCCAUCGUCUGCACUAUUCACCAGCCCUCUUCUAUGCUGAUCCAGCAAUUCGACAUGAUUCUCGCCCUCAACCCCGGUGGAAACACAUUCUAUUUCGGCCCUGUCGGCAAAGAUGGCUCAGCAGUCAUCAAGUACUUCGCUGAUCGCGGAUUCAAGUGCCCACCUUCAAAGAACGUGGCUGAAUUCGUCCUGGAAACAGCCGCAAAGGCAACCCAGCGCGAUGGCAAACAAGUCGACUGGAACGAAGAAUGGCGCACCUCCAACGAAAACCGCGAAAUGCUCGCAGAGAUUGAACGUAUCAGAGCAGAACGCAGCAAACUCCCCAUCGAAGAGAGCGGCGGCUCGCAGCACGAAUUCGCAGCCCCAACCCCGGUCCAAAUCGAGCUUCUCACCAAGCGCAUGUUCCUCCAGUACUGGCGUGAUCCCUCAUACUACUACGGAAAGCUCUUCGUCAGUGUCAUCAUCGGUAUCUUCAACGGCUUCACCUUUUACAUGCUCCCCAACACCGUGGCCAGCAUGCAAGACCGCAUGUUCUCAGCCUUCGUCAUCAUUCUCAUCCCACCCAUCAUCCUGAACUCGGUCGUCCCGAAAUUCUACAUCAACCGCGCCCUCUGGGAAGCCCGUGAAUACCCCUCCCGCAUCUACGGCUGGGUAGCCUUCUGCACCGCCAACGUCGUCUGCGAAAUCCCCGCCGCCAUCGUGACCGGCCUCGUCUACUGGCUACUAUGGUACUACCCCGUCGGACUCCCCACCGACUCUUCAACCGCAGGCUACGUAUUCCUCAUGUCCAUGCUCUUCUUCCUCUUCCAAGCAUCCUGGGGCCAAUGGAUCUGCGCCUUCGCACCCUCCUUCACCGUCAUCUCAAACGUCCUACCCUUCUUCUUCGUCAUGGUCAACCUGUUCAACGGUAUCGUCCGCCCCUACGCCGACUACCCCGUCUUCUGGAAAUACUGGAUGUACUACGUCAACCCAGUCACCUGGUGGCUGCGCGGCGUUCUCUCCGCAAUCCUCCCAGCCGUCCAAAUCGACUGCGCCGACCUGGAAGCCACCCACUUCAACCCGCCGCCCGGCUCAACCUGCCAAGAAUACGCAGGCAACUUCGUCGACAACCUCGCAAAGGUCGGAUACCUGGUCAACGGGUCCGCCACAGAGAACUGCCAGUAUUGUCCCUACAAGACGGGCGCGGAGUACAUGGCCAACCUGAACGUCCACGAAGACGACAAGUGGCGCUGCUUCGGCAUUUUCCUGGCCUUUGUCAUUAUCAACUGGGCGCUUGUUUACUUCUUCAUCUACACAGUUCGUGUGCGGGGUUGGAGCUUCGGGCUCGGAUACCUGUUUGGUGUAUUUGGGUUGGUCAUUGAUCGGGUCAAGGGUCUGUUUAAGGGCAAGAAGGAUGAUUCGAUGCAAUAA